CUGCAGAGCUUGAACACAACCCCGAUAUAUGUUCACGAGAUCGAUGAAGACGGCUAUGACGUGAGCGGUUAUCGCCCGUCUACUUUGGACAAGGUCUUGACUGAGAAUCUGUGCCGCUCAUUGUGCUGGCACUUGGAAGCCGAGCGACUCUUUGAAUCACUUCACAAUUUCGGAAAGUUGAGUCCAAGCCCAAUUUUGGACUGGGUCAAUGAAGGAGAAAGCGCGUUCGCACGUGCUCCGCCAGGCGCGAUAUACUAUUGGCCUGGCGCAAUGCUCCAAGCCCACCUGCGAGCCACUCUGUACUGGCACGAAUCUCCCGAUGUCUCGAUCGAUGUAUUGGCCAGGUUUCAGGGACGCAAUUUGACGAGAUCUCUCACUGCCAUGGUAUGCACCUCUUCGCAAAUCAGAAAUCACUGCGAGCGAAAUGAAUCGUACGACAAAUUCCUUGGGUUGGAGCUCUCCCGUUUACAACGCGCAAUCGCCAUGCUCUGGCAUCCCAUCGACCCAGACGCUCUUCCCCUGACGAAGGCCUACAUAGAAAUGCGAGCACGCAAGAAGAACUCAAAGGAAGCACGCGCCCUUACUAAUGCGAAUAUCCCAAUAAAAUCGAAGUUCGACCGCGACGUUAUCCGCGCGUCAUACAUCCUCCUCCUUCAAGACGAAGAACAACAAGUCGAUCAACUACUGCAGAGCAUUCCGAUGAGCGUCACUGGAUUUGAAGCCCGACAGCGACGCGUGAAGCUAUUUGAUGAAUAUCAUCACGAUCCUCGCUUGCAGAAAUUGCAUGAGCAAUGUCCUCGUCUGGAGAAGAUCUGGAAUGUGCUGAAUGAGAGGAAAGCGUUCUAUGAGAGUCAGAUGAGACAGGCUGAAAAGAUGAGAGAGAGACGUAAGGCGAAGGAGCAAGAGGAGAUGGCGCUGGAGAAUCCUUUUCAGGGAGAGAAGCCUGCGAAACAGCCUGCGCGAUACCAGGUUGCUAAAAGGCACCAGGAGCUCCAGGCGCAUAAUGAGCGUCAAGCACAACAACGGAAGGAUCUUCCACUUCAUGAAACGCGGGUCAUAAAGGUCAUUAAGCCUGAGAAGGAGGAGGAGGAGGAGGAGGAGGAUGAUGUCGUUCGCCAAUGA